ACAACAAAUGGAUGUAUUAAAUAUGAAAAAAUAUUUGCAAUAAUUUAUCCUGACCUGAUCAAAAGUCGGUCAACUCAUGCUUAGUCUUCGUCGUCUCCUUACCUACCAGAUUUAUCGCUGUCCACUGAUGCAACGCCGAAUAUUCCGAUGGAUUUGAUAACUUCGAUUUUAGCAUGACUCUCUAGCCAACCAGUCAGGUUUGUAUUGUCUUGAUGGAUGAGGAAGUUGUUGCUGCAGCAGUACUUCCAAAAGCAGCUGAAACAGUAUGGGAUUCUAUCCAACGAAUCACCGAGGCUUCAAUCUGUAUGAAUGAUAACCAUUCACGCUUCGAGGCAAAAAUGCAGACCCUGUGUGCAGUAAGGGAUGAUCUGAAGGAUAGAACCUUAAAAUACAAGUCAACAAAAAACCGAACCAUGGAGGACUGGUUUCACAGGGUGAUGGCGGUUGAAAAGGUUGUGAAAGAACUUGAAAGCAGGUUCACAGAGAAGCAACAAACCUCAACAUGGAUUCAUUUACUUCCCCGGUCGAAGCUCAGCAAACAAAUGGCAACCAUGUGCUUAGAAAUUGGUGAACUUGUGACGGAAGGACAUCAAUUGGGGGAUACUUUGGUCCACAAAGUUGCUGAGCGCGUAGUGAAGGUGACAGCCCCGGAUAUAUCGUAUAUUCCAACACUCCAGGGCGUUUUGGACAAAAUACUGUUGGAUCUAUCAAAUGAAGAUCUUAAAGCAGUAAGGGUGAUAGGAAUGUUGGGGGCAGGGAAAACAACUAUAUUGCAGAAUUUGAAUAACCAUGAAAAAGUUGCUAGUAUGUAUGAAAGAGUAAUCUGGGUGACGGUUUCAGGUGAGGAAAAUAACAAGGAGAAUUUGAGCAUAGAGAUGCUGCAACAUGUGAUAGCCGAAAGACUAAUAAUGGACACCGAAGAUGCUACAGAUGCUUACAAAGUCGCCAGAAGUAUAAAUAAAGAACUAGCAGAUGUAAAGUAUCUGCUUCUACUAGAUGAUGUCAAGGCAGAACUUGAUUUAGAAUUGAUAGGUAUUCCUGAAGGAGCCAAAGGCAGUAAAAUAGUCAUGACAACAAAAUAUCGAAAUGUUCGGCUUCCUUCAUGUUCCAGUAUUGAAGUGAAGAAGUUAUCUCAAAGCGAGUCAUGGAACAUGUUCCAUAGGCUAUUAUCUCUCCCCAAUGAUGUUAAAGGUAAGCCACAGCUUGAACGCAUGGCUCACAAAGCUGUUUCUUUGUGUGGUGGUCAUCCAUUGAUGAUAAAAAUGGCAGCACGUAUCUUCAAGUCGAUAGAAAACCAUGAACUCAGUGAGAUAAGUUGGAGUGACGGGUUACAAACGUUAAGAAGGUGGCCAGAAAAAGGAAAUAAUGAGCCCAUGAAAGACUUGCUUAAGUUCUGUUGUGAUCACUUGGAUCAAGAACAUAAGCCAUGUUUUCUUUACAGUGCAUUGUAUCCAGAAGACACUGAAAUUUCCACAGAGGGCUUAUUGGAAUGCUGGGACGCUGAAAGUUUUCUUAAGGGAAGUGAUGAUGCAAAAAUUGGUGGACGCAAUAUAUUGCGUCGCCUCCAAAAUUUAAUUUUACUUGAGGAAGGUGCAACUGGGAAAUAUGUAAGGAUGCAUAAGUUGAUACGCGCAGCAGCAUUAAAUCUAUUGUCGGAAGACAGGAAAGAUAGAUAUCUGGUGAAAACGAGUGAAUUGCAGCAAAAACUCAAUGGCGUUAUUCCAAAGCGCCAGUGUGUUGAUUUGUGGACGGAUAAGGAAUGGAUCUCUUUGGCCAACAAUUCACUUGAUAACUUACCUGAUGCGCCCCGUUCAACUCAGCUUUCCACACUCUUUGUCCAGAAAUAUUCAAAACAUAAGAAGAUUUCUGAUUCAUUCUUUCAACACAUGCCAAGCCUUUUGGUUUUAGAUCUUUACAUGACAGAGAUCAUGACACUACCAUCAUCGAUAAGGAGGCUAUCAAGUCUUAAAGUUCUUUAUCUGAAUGGUUGCAAUGUGUUGAAAGAGCUUCCUGGUUUUAUAGGACAACUUAAGUCUCUUGAAGUGCUUGAUAUCCGUGGCAGUGGAGUUGGUAAAUUACCAAAUCAGAUUUUAGGCCUAACUCGAAUGAGGCGUUUGUUAGUAUCCUUUACCAUGUCAACACAAGACAACUAUGAUGUGCUUUUUAAAUUAUCAGGACUUGAAGAGUUGAUCAUUGAUGUGGAUUCAGAAAUGGAAGAAUGGUGUAAUACUUUGAUUGAAGAUGUAGUUGAAAAAGUCAGCACACUACCUAAGCUGAUUUCUUUCCAGUUUUGUCUUAACAACAUGGUUAUAGAUGUGAUACAGGUUGUUGAUGACACUGUGAAGAUCUAUGUACCCAAUGAAAGACAUCUUAGAAGUUUUCUUGAAACAAGGAAAGAUUUUGAAACACGUUCGUUUCAGGUUUACAUUGGAUGUUUCAUGUCUUGUGGCCCUGAAAUCCCUGAAUUCUACCGUUAUGAUAGGUACCUAAAGUAUCAUUAUGGGAGGGGAGAAAAUGAUGCCAUCAAUAUAAUACUUUGCAAAGUAGAUGCAUUUGAGUUGAUCAACCACAAUGACAUUGAGUACCUAUCUAGCAAUGUCAUCGAAAACAUGGAUUAUGUUCAAGGUUGUCUAAUUCAAAGUUGCAACAACAUGACAACAAUUGUCGGCGGUUAUCACACACAAAACAAAUCAUUAUUGCCUAAUUUGGAAAGGUUGGAUGCAAUUCACAUGCCUAAACUGGAAAGAAUAUGGGAGGGCCAUGUGCAACCGGGAAGCCUAUCCAAACUGAAGACUUUGGUUCUAUGUAACUGUCCAGUGAUGACUAUGGUAUUUUGCAAUGCUAUAGUUCAGCAACUUCGAGAACUCCAACAUCUAGAAGUUCAAGACUGUUGUAGGGUUGAAGAGAUUGUUAUGUGUUCUCAGGAUGUUAGCUCAUGCGCUUUCCCAAAACUAAGAGCACUGAUUCUUUGUAAUAUGCCAAGUUUAAGAAAGAUAAGCACCAGAGUAGCUUGGACUUCAUUGGAGACCUUAAAGAUACAAGAUUGUCCCACACUAAAAGAAUUGCCCUUUGAUAUGAGCAGUGCAAUGGGGCUUCAGAGCAUUGAAGUGGAUAAAGAUUGGUGGGACGAUUUGCAAUGGUCAAAUUCUAAUGUCAAAGAACGCCUUGCUCGUUGCUGCUUUUUCAGGCAGCCGACAUAGCAAUUUGGCCUCGACUAUGUCAACAAGAGGUUUUCUUUCCAAGGGUAACUAGUACUAGUUCCAAAGUGAUUGCUGUGUGUGAACGCAAACAUUGGGUCAUUAAUUCAUUACAUGUAUUUCAAUGAAUAAAACAUAUUGUAGGGGUCGACUUUGAAUAAAAAAGUAACAGCUUUAUGUAAUUAGAAAUACUGUAUCAUUAUAUGUGCCGCCUCUGCCACCCCACAAUAGCUCCAUUCUUGUCGAACUGUGUUAUAUUCACACGCAGUUAGCCUUUAGUUUGUUACAGUAUUUGAUAGAAGAUUA